AUGGACCCCACUGAAGGAAGACUUGGCCCAGCCGAGAUGAUGGCGAACGAGCACCAGAAUGUGACAGCAGCCAACCAGCCCACGACUAGCCAGAAUGGGAUAAGAGAAGGCGAGGGAGGCGAGGAGAAGAUCAAGGCUGAGGAGGAAGAGCAGGAGCCAGUUCUUCCUACCCUGACGCGUGAACAAUUCAUGGAUGCAAGCUUGGAUGUCAUAAUCCGGCGCAAUGCUGCAGCUGCCGAGCUUGAGUAUCUUGAGCGCCAAGCCCUUACAGGGCUGGAAUCUGGAGAAACUUUGAAGGCACAGAGCGACCAGCUCAGGGCGCGCCUUGAAGCUUUGCUUUCGGAACAACUGCGACUCGCGAGCUACAAUCAACGUCGCCAUUGA